AUGAAAUAUUCAAAAUAUAUACCCAAUGCUCCAGAAGAUAAUAGAUCUAUUGAAGUAAGAAGUAAUUUAGAAUAUGGAAAAUUAACUUCAAAAAAAUAUUUACAUAUAUCAAAACAUCCAAUUGGUGAACCAUUACCUAUUCCAAUAGAUGAUGAUCCUCCUUAUGCAAUUUUAUUAUCAACUUAUUUGAAUUUUUUAAUUUUAAUUAUUAUUGGACAUAUUAGAGAUUUUUUUGGUAAAAUUUUUAAACCACAAGAAUAUGAACAUUUAGUUGAAAAAGAUGGAUUUGCUCCAUGGUAUGAUGGAUUUGAAAGUUUUUAUGUUAGAAGAUUGAAAACAAGAAUUGAUGAUUGUUUUGCAAGACCAAUUCAUGGAGCUCCUGGUAGAUAUAUAAAAUGUUUUAAUAGAACUGGUGAUGGGAAAAUUGGUUAUUUAUAUGAUGGUACUUCAAAAGAAUGUUUAAAUUUAUCAUCUUAUAAUUAUUUGGGUUUUGCUCAAUCAAGUGGUGUUUGUACUAAUUUUGCUUUAAAAUGUGUUGAUGAUUAUGGAACUUCUGGUUGUUCACCAAGAACUUAUUCUGGUACUACUGAUUUACAUCGUGAAUGUGAAAGAGUUGUUGCUGAUUUUGUUGGUAAAGAAGAUGCUAUUAUUGUAAGUCAAGGUUAUGGUACUAAUGCUAAUUUCUUUGCUUCAAUAGCUGAUUCAAAAACUUUAGUUAUAUCAGAUGAAUUAAAUCAUGCAUCAAUAAGAUUUGGAAUAAGAUUAUCAGGAGCAAGUGUUAAAGUUUAUAAACAUAAUGAUAUGAAAGAUUUGGAAAAUCUUAUAAGAAAUCAAAUUGCUCAAGGACAACCAAAAACUCAUAGACCAUGGAAAAAAAUCAUUAUUGCAGUUGAAGGUUUAUAUUCUAUGGAAGGUAAUAUGUGUAAUUUACCAGAAUUAGUUGAAUUAAAAGAUAAAUAUAAAUGUUAUUUGUUUGUUGAUGAAGCUCAUUCAAUUGGUGCUUUAGGUCCAGAAGGUAGAGGUAUAUGUGAUUAUUUUUCAUUAGAUCCUUCAAAAGUUGAUGUUUUAAUGGGGACUUUUACAAAAUCUUUUGGAGCAACUGGUGGAUAUAUUGCAGCUGAUAAAAAAAUAAUAGAUAAACUAAGGAUAAAUUAUAUAACUCAAUCAUAUAGUGAAGUCGUACCGCCUCCUGUAUUAGGUCAAAUAAUAUCAUCAUUAAAAGUUAUAAAAGGUGAAUUAAAUCCUGGUGAAGGACAAGAAAGAUUACAAAGAAUUGCUUUUAAUUCAAGAUAUUUAAGAUUAGGGUUGAAAAGAUUAGGUUUUAUAGUAUAUGGAGCUGAUGAUUCACCAGUUAUACCAUUACUUUUAUUCCUACCAGCCAAAAUGCCAGCAAUGUCAAGAAUGUUAUAUGAUUUAGGUAUAGCAGUUGUUAUUGUAAGUUAUCCAGCUACACCAUUAACUCGUGCAAGAGCUAGAUUAUGUGUAUCAUCAGCAUUAACAAAAGAAGAUCUUGAUCUAGUACUUUUGAGAAUAAGUCAAAUUGGUGAUUUAAUAUAUUUAAAAUUUAGUAGUGGUAUAGCUGGUGGUUCAAGUAUAAAAGGUCAACCCCCACGUUGUUCAAUUGAAGAAGUUUUGGCAACUAAUGUAGAAGAAUGUAAAAGGCCAAAGUUAAUAUAG